AUGACUCCCCCAAAGCCGAAUAAGCCAUUGCUGCUUUAUUUAUUGGCUGCACACGAAUCCUUGGGAUGCAUGCUCGCCCAAGAAGACAACGGGGUCGAGAGAGCGGUCUAUUACUUGAGCCGUGGAUUGAUCGAUACGGAGACUCGCUAUACCGACAUAGAAAAAAUGUGCUUGUGCUUGUAUUUCACAUGUUGCAAGCUUCGGUAUUACAUGUUGCCGGUAGUGGUGUACGUACUAUCCCAGACCGAUAUCAUUAAGUAUAUUCUGUCAAAACCAUACUUAAGGAAUCGGAUUGGGAAGUGGGCGAUUGCAAUGUUCGAGUUUACAUUGGUUUAUGUUCCUCAAAGGGCAGUUAAAGGACAAGUGUUGGCCGACUUCUUAGCCGAUCAUCCUGGUAUUACCCUUAUCGAGGAGACGAUCAAUUGCUGCGAGAUAGCCAUAUGGGAGAUGUGGUUCGAUGGAUCCAGGACUAGCCAGGGGGGAGGCGCAGGAGUACAUAUCGUUUCGCCCUUGGGGGCAUCUUACCAAUUGUCAUUCAGGCUCUAUUUUGACUGUACCAACAAUCAGGCGGAAUAUGAGGCCCUAAUAUUCGGCCUCGAGAUUUUAUCCGAACUUGGAGCAAAGGCGAUCAGUGUGAAAGGAGACUCUUUGUUGGUUAUCAAACAAGUGACAGGGGAAUUCAAAUGCGAGUCUGAGCUACUAGUGAGAUAUUGCAAUAAGGCAAAACAUCUGAUCGAAGGGUUUCAGGACACGAGGAUAGAAUACACCGAAAGGACCGACAAUGGUAUCGCGAAUGAUCUGGCUCAACAUGGCAGCGGUUACAAGGUGAACCUCCAGUUCGAUACAAUCGAAAGAGAAUUGCCGAAUCUCCAUACUGGGGGCAUUAGUCUUGAUGAAAAGAAAUGCUCGGCCUACCAACUCGAUAUCACCCAAGAUUGGAGGACCGAAAUCCUGAAAUGGUUUGAAAAACCAGAACUGAUGAAUAGGAGGUUGAGGACCUUGGCCCUAAAUUACGUGGUUUUAGCAGGUGACUUGUACAAAAAGGGCUUUGAAGGACUACUUUUCAGAUGCAUUGGCCCCAGAGAAACAAUGCUUGCAAUGGCCGAAGUGCAUGAAGGAAUAGCCGGCGCUCACCAGGCGGGCCCCAGAAUGAGAUGGUUAAUCCAUAAAUACGGCUUUUAUUGGCCGAAGAUGGAGCAAGACUGCAUAAGAGGAUGGGCAGUCGACCUCAUAGGGAAGAUAUACCCCGGCUCGUCAGAUGGCCAUACUUUUGUUAUUAUCGCCACCUGUUAUUUCACCAAAUGGGUCAAAGCCAAGCCCGUGAAAUCGCCCACACAGGAAGCAGUGAUCAAGUUCUUCAAAGAGCACAUCGUUCACUGGCACGGGUUGUCUGAAUCAAUAACCACAGACCAAGGGACGAUGUUCACAGGAGGCGAUAUAAAUUGGUGGGCUUCCCAAAUGAAGAUCAAGAUGCUUCACUCAACGCCGUACUAUGCACAGGCCAACGGACAGGCCGAAGUGACGAACAAGGCUAUUAAGCUUAUCGUCCAAAAAAUGAUCGAGGAGAACUCAAGACAAUGGCACGUUUUGCUAUCGGAGGCAGUAUGGGCGAAUAGAACCAGCCAGAAGUCGGCCACAUGA